ACUAACGACUACAGCAUACGGAAAAGUAUUCAAUUGCAAAAUGUUUUAUCUAAGAUUUCUUUUCUUCGUAAUACUGUUGACAGUUUUCAAUGUGUGUGUAAAGUGUGAUAUUUCGAUUACCGGCUAACAAAAAAUUCAAAUUAGUGGAAGACUAAAGGAAACGGAAAUGUUGUGAAUAGCAUCUGCAUUAGGACAUUAAUUAAGUGAAUAACUAAAUAAAUGAUAGUAAUGAGUUCUCAAAGCGAGUGAAUAAGUAAAUGACGGUGAAAAUAAAUCUUCAAGAGUUUAUAAGCUGAGGGAAACUAAAUAAAAUCUUAACUAGCUAUUAAGAGAAUACCGAUAUUCGAUGUAAAAGUUUGCCCCUGUUCAUGGACAAGUUUGAUAUUCGAUAUAUGAGGUGGCAUAAAACUAGAGGAAAGUCUACAUGAAGAAUGAAAAAAAAAUAUUAGCAGCUUGAAUUGGCAAAACGAUUCCACAGCCUGAAGUUCGAUUCAAAAAGCCACAACUUCAAUUGACCAGUGUAAUAUUUAAUUGCUUCCUGAAAUACAAAAGGAUUAUUUAAGCCUCAUAGCUUUUGACGAGUUAUGACAAUCUUGUGGAUUUUUUCGUUUCUAAAUUAAUGACAAUGAUUUAAACUCAAUAUUGUGGGAGAUAAAGGUUAAAUAAAUACAACAAAAACAUGGAGCUGUUACUAAAUCAACUUAGUCGGAGUAAACGGGAUGCCAAUCUAAAGGAAUUUCUAACACAUCUAUUUGUGGAUUGCAUGGUGAAGUAUAAAAACGAAUCAUGGUUUCGAAAUCAAUCGGCACAAAGUACUGAAUUCCCCACCUCCAUACCACGCUAUGUAGAAGAUGCUGUUCUGAAUCAGGGCUCAAUUAAUUUAGAAAAUGUCAAUAUUGCCGAAGAGGAACGCAAUGAGUUGUACGCCACCAUAAGUGCUGCCACUCUUUCGCCUAAUUCAAUUACUUCAUUUACGGAGGCCGUGGAAGAUGCAUUCACAACCAAUGGCAUGUCAACAACCGGCCAAUACUCAUCAACAGCUUCCACCCCAACAGAGGAGGUGGCAUUCUGUCCCUUGCGCUUUGAUGGCUACCUGUGUUGGCCACGCACCCCAGCUGGCACUGUACUCAGUCAGUAUUGUCCAGACUUUGUGGAGGGAUUUAAUAGUAAAUUUUUGGCCCACAAAACUUGCCUAGAAAAUGGCACAUGGUAUCAUCAUCCCGAGAGCUUACAAGAGUGGUCCAACUAUACAAAUUGCAUUGACUAUGAAGAUUUGGAGUUUCGAACAUUUGUUAAUGAAUUGUAUGUGAAAGGCUAUGCAGUGUCCGCUGUGGCAUUAAUUCUCUCCCUUAUAAUAUUUUUGGGUUUUAAAUCCUUGCGUUGCACCAGGAUUCGCAUUCAUGUUCAUUUAUUCGCCUCUUUGGCAUUUACUUGCAUCACUUGGAUCUUGUGGUAUAAAUUUGUUGUUGAGGAGCCAGAAACAAUACGAGACAAUACGUAUUGGUGUAUCUCCUUGCAUUUGCUAAUUCAUUACUUCAUGUUGGUCAACUACUUUUGGAUGUUCUGCGAGGGAAUGCAUUUACAUUUGGUGUUAGUGGUGUAUCCUUUAUCUUUUCCACCAAAGGUAUUUGUCAAGGACACAGUUGUUAUGCGUUGGUUCAAAAUCUUUUCCUGGUUGUCUCCUCUGAUCUUUGUGACGGCGUAUGGGGUGGCUAGGUAUUUUCAUCCCGAAGAUAACACACACUGCUGGAUGAAGGAUAGCUUCCUUUUGUGGAUAUUCUCAGUGCCGGUGUGUGUGUCCUUGGUUUCAAGUUUCUUUUUCCUGGUGAACGUAUUGCGUGUGAUUGUUCGCAAACUGCAUCCACAAUCGGCACAACCAGCUCCUUUGGCCAUACGCAAGGCCGUACGAGCCACGAUUAUUUUGGUUCCCUUGUUUGGAUUGCAGCAUUUUCUGCUACCCUAUCGUCCAGACACUGGCACUCCCUUGGAACGUUUCUAUCAAUUGUUGUCGGUUAUAUUGGUAAGCCUUCAAGGAUUUGUGGUUUCGUUUCUUUUCUGUUUUGCCAACCAUGAUGUGACUUUUGCGGUGAGAAGUCUAUUGAAUCGUUUGAUGCCCAGUUUGGUUUCUCCACCACCACCAACAAGUAGUACAGGUCAGGUGGCCACAACAACACCCAGCCGUGAGUUAGGAGUCUAAGCGACAGAGGAAAUGAGUGAGCAAACGGUAGCUUAACCAAACCGCCCAAAUGUCAAGGAACAGUCCACAUCAUAAUCACUCUUUGACAAAUUACUAUAUUGAAAUGUCAACCAUAAUCCCAACCGAAUGAUCUUCCAGGACCAACCUUUUUCUUUUAGUUUUGUAUUUAUUAGAUAACUAUCCUUCUUCAAGGGUUAUUUUAGCCGUUUGGCAAUUUCUUCUCAAAAUGAAUCUUUUGUACAUUUUGUAAUACAUACAUGUUGAAUUGUACUCACAAAAUCCUUAACCCAUACACUUGUAGUACCAUGGACAAGAAUCAUAUAUAAACUUGUAUAAGAAUGUAUAUCUCACAAAUAAUAAUGAAUAAAAUAUCAUAUGUAACUGACAGUGGUUUCCACAAUAAAUGUAACAAAUACAAUACACGGAAUGGAAAAUUAUAUAUAAAACGUUUAAGCACAUGAGAAAA